AUGUCUGUUACUUGUGAUUUCUGUGAUGUAGCCAUUCGGACUGAGACCACCAAACAUAACAUCAUUAUCAAGUCAGAAGGAUUUAAAGAAAUCUACAAACCUGAGAUGGCUUCCAAAGUCAUUAACUUGUGCUGGAUUUUCCAGACAGAAUGGAAACUUGUGCAGAAGGAUGCUCAGCAUGGAGGAACAAAUUUGUCAGUCUCUGCUGAUUUAAUGCCGACAUCAUCAUGGAACAUUUCAAGUGAACUAGACAAAGAUUACUUCUUGACUCUUGAUGAGCCUAUGAAUAACAUAACCACCACCCUCGGCCAAACUGCAGAACUGCAUUGUAAAGUCUCCGGUAAUCCUCCUCCAACUGUGCGUUGGUUGAAAAAUGAUGCCCCAGUCGUUCAAGAACCCAGGAGGAUAUCUUUUCGUGCAACAAGCUAUGGGUCUCGAUUACGAAUAAGAAACCUUGAUACUACGGAUACUGGCUACUUUCAGUGUGUUGCUACUAAUGGCAGGAAGACUGUUUCCACAACCGGCGUGUUGUUUGUAAAAUUUGGUCCCCCGCCAACAGCAAGUCCGGGAUCAUCUGACGAGUAUGAAGAGGAUGGUUUUUGCCAGCCAUACAGAGGGAUUGCUUGUGCAAGAUUUAUUGGGAAUCGAACAAUUUAUAUGGAGUCUCUACAUAUGCAGGGUGAAAUAGAAAAUCAGAUUACAGCUGCCUUCACUAUGAUUGGCACUUCCAGUCACUUAUCUGAUAAAUGCUCCCAGUUUGCCAUUCCUUCUUUGUGCCACUACGCUUUCCCAUACUGUGAUGAGACCUCACCAGCCCCAAAGCCCCGAGAUCUGUGCCGUGAUGAAUGUGAAAUUCUGGAAAAUGUCCUUUGUCAGACAGAGUAUAUUUUUGCAAGGUCCAAUCCUAUGAUUCUGAUGAGAUUAAAGCUGCCAAACUGUGAAGAUCUUCCUCAGCCAGAUAGCCCAGAAGCUGUAAAUUGUAUCCGGAUUGGAAUCCCCAUGGCAGAUCCUAUAAAUAAAAAUCACAAAUGUUACAACAGUACUGGAGUAGAUUACCGUGGGACCGUCAGUGUGACAAAGUCUGGACGUCAGUGCCAGCCAUGGAACUCUCAGUAUCCGCACACACAUACCUUCACCGCCAUCAGAUACCCAGAGUUAAACGGGGGCCAUUCCUAUUGUCGAAAUCCAGGGAAUCAGAAGGAAGCGCCAUGGUGCUUUACCUUAGAUGAAAAUUUUAAGUCUGAGCUUUGUGACAUCCCAGCAUGUGAUUCCAAAGAUUCCAAGGAGAAGAAUAAAAUGGAAAUCCUAUAUAUAUUGGUGCCAAGUGUUACUAUUCCCCUGGCCAUAGCCUUGUUGUUCUUCUUCAUCUGCGUCUGCCGCAACAACCAGAAGUCUUCCUCCCCUCCAGUACAAAGACAGCCCAAACACGUCAGAGGGCAAAAUGUAGAGAUGUCCAUGCUAAAUGCAUACAAACCAAAGAGCAAAGCUAAGGAGUUACCUCUUUCUGCUGUUCGUUUCAUGGAAGAACUGGGUGAAUGUGCUCUUGGAAAAAUCUACAAGGGGCAUCUCUAUCUUCCAGGCAUGGAUCAUGCUCAGCUUGUUGCUAUCAAGACAUUAAAAGACUUUAACAAUCCCCAGCAGUGGACAGAAUUCCAGCAAGAAGCAUCUCUUAUGGCAGAACUUCAUCACCCUAACAUUGUCUGUCUCCUAGGUGUUGUGACUCAGGAACAACCCAUCUGCAUGCUUUUUGAGUAUAUGAAUCAGGGAGACCUCCAUGAAUUCCUUAUCAUGCGAUCGCCACAUUCAGAUGUUGGGUGUAGCAGUGAUGAGGACGGUACUGUCAAAUCCAGUCUGGACCAUGGGGAUUUCCUGCAUAUUGCAGUUCAAAUUGCGGCAGGAAUGGAAUACUUAUCCAGUCAUUUUUUUGUCCAUAAAGACCUUGCUGCUCGCAACAUUUUAAUUGGAGAACAACUUCAUGUGAAAAUUUCAGACCUUGGCCUAUCAAGAGAAAUAUACUCAGCAGAUUAUUACAGAGUUCAAAGUAAGUCCCUACUGCCGAUUCGCUGGAUGCCACCAGAAGCAAUUAUGUAUGGCAAGUUCUCUUCUGAUUCAGAUAUUUGGUCCUUUGGUGUGGUCUUAUGGGAGAUUUUCAGCUUUGGACUCCAACCAUAUUAUGGAUUUAGUAAUCAAGAAGUCAUAGAGAUGGUCAGGAAACGACAAUUAUUACCAUGCUCUGAAGACUGUCCUCCCAGAAUGUAUAGCUUGAUGACAGAGUGCUGGCAUGAUCUUCCAUCUCGGAGGCCAAGAUUUAAAGAUAUCCAUGCCAGGCUGCGUUCUUGGGAGGGACUUUCAAGUCACACUAGCUCUACUACUCCCUCUGGUGGAAAUGCCACCACUCAAACAACUUCACUCAGUGCAAGCCCAGUUAGUAACCUAAGUAAUCCUAGAUAUCCUAAUUACAUGUUUCCAGCACAGGGUAUACCACAAGGCCAAAUUGCUGGGUUCAUUGGACCACCAAUACCUCAAAACCAGCGAUUUAUUCCAAUCAAUGGAUACCCGAUUCCUCCAGGAUAUGCUGCUUUCCCAGCUGCCCACUACCAACCACCGGGCCCACCCAGGGUAAUUCAGCACUGUCCACCUCCAAAGAGCCGUUCGCCAAGCAGUGCAAGUGGAUCAACUAGCACAGGUCAUGUGACUAGCUUGCCUUCUUCAGGAUCCAAUCAGGAUGCAAAUAUACCUUUGCUAUCUCAUAUGUCAAUUCCAAGUCAUCCAAGUGGAAUUGGUAUAACAGUUUUUGGAAACAAAACUCAAAAACCAUACAAAAUUGACUCUAAACAGUCAUCCUUAUUAGGAGACCCCAAUAUUCAUGGACCUAACGAAUCUAUGAUUUCUGCAGAGUUGUAA